GGCCAGGAGGAAUGGCAGACGAUGACGGGACGGAGGUCACGUAGGACGAUUUUGUUUAUAGCAGCGGAAUGAAGAGAUAUAUAUAUGUGCCAAAGAGGGAGGAAGCUGCCUCGGAUCCUCAAGGUCCUGAUAAGAUAAGCGGCCUGUUAGGCAAUGGGAGUUGGGGAAAUUUUGGGUGGGGACCGCGGGACCGAGCUGCGACUCCAGCUUUCUGGCCAAAAUUUUGGCACGCCGUUUUGACGCGGACAGCAUGGUCCGGUAGAAGUUAGAACACGGACGUCGACCCGACCCUCUCCUCGCAACUCCAUGACCCUGAAGCGCCAAUCGGAUGCGUGGCGCACCGGGUCUCCAAGGGCUCAUGCGACCAUGUCUGCGGCUGCCGCCUCGAGCCUUGCCGCUGCUGCUGAACCGAGCGGCAUUCACAGUUAGCAGCAGCAGCAGCACCAGCAGCAGCAAGCGCGCCACCUCCCGAUCCUCGCGGCCCAUCUCGCACAGCCAGCCGCCUGCACGACAACUCCCUCCACCGCCACCCUCUUCCUCAUCCCCGUCCUCGACGGACCCGACCGUCUUUCACCCCCAGGUCCUCUACCGAGGCCAGAGAUGUCACGCCUCAACCACUGCCAGCGGCGGCAUCCGCAAUAAAAAUGCCAGCGACCUCGAGCAACGCAUCGCCGCCAUCCCCAUCGAGCGCUAUCGCAACUUUUGCAUCGUGGCGCACAUCGACCACGGCAAGAGCACCCUGAGCGACAGGCUGCUGGAAUACACGGGUACGAUCAGUGCCGGCGAUGGGAACAAGCAGGUCCUGGACAAGCUCGACGUCGAGCGCGAGCGUGGAAUCACGGUCAAGGCCCAGACCUGCACCAUGCUCUACCGCUACCCCAAAGACGGGCUCGACUACCUGCUCCACCUCGUCGACACCCCCGGCCACGUAGACUUCCGCGCCGAGGUCACGCGCUCGUACGCGUCCUGCGGCGGUGCCCUGCUCCUCGUCGACGCCUCCCAGGGCGUGCAGGCGCAGACUGUGGCCAACUUCUAUCUCGCUUUCGCCCAGGGUCUUACGCUGGUCCCCGUCGUCAACAAGGUCGACCUCCCGACGGCCGAUGUCGAGCGUGCCCUGGGGCAGCUCGAGUCCGUCUUCGACAUGGACACCUCCAAAGCUGUCCGGGUCAGUGCGAAGACGGGCCAGGGCAUCGACAAGGUUCUUCCCGCCGUGGUUGAGCUCAUUCCCCACCCCACUGGAAAUGCCGAGAAAGCCUUGCGGAUGUUGCUAGUGGAUUCGUGGUACGACACGUUCCGCGGCGUGGUUCUGCUCGUGCGUGUUUUCGACGGGCAGGUGCGGGCUGGCGACAAGCUUGUCAGCUUUGCUACGGGGCAGGAGUACACGGUGGGCGAAGUGGGCAUCCAGCACCCUGGUCAGGUGGCCCAGACAGCGCUGCGGGCGGGCCAGGUCGGCUAUGUUUUCUUCUCCCCGGGCAUGAAGCGGAUUCAGGACGCCAAGAUGGGUGACACGUUCACAAAGGUCGGAGCUUUGGGUGUCGUCGAACCGUACCCCGGAUUUGAGGAGACCAAGCCCAUGGUGUUCGUGGCGGCGUUCCCGACAGACCAGGCGGAUUACAGUAAGCUCGCGGACAGCAUUGGGCAGCUCGUGCUCAAUGACCGCAGUGUCACGCUGCAAAAGGACCACUCCGAGGCCCUCGGCGCGGGGUGGCGCCUUGGCUUCCUCGGCAGCCUGCAUUGCUCCGUGUUCCAGGACCGGCUGCGCCAGGAGCACGGUGCCGACGUCAUCAUUACAGAGCCUUCCGUCCCGACCAAGAUCGUGUGGGGCAACGGCAAGGAGUCUAUCGUCACCAACCCCGCCGAGUUCCCCGAGACGGACGACCACCGCCUACAGCGUGCCACGCUCUACGAGCCAUUUGUGAGCGCCACCAUGACUUUGCCCGGCGAGUACCUGGGGCGCGUCAUCGAGAUCUGCGAGGCGGCCCGCGGCCUCCAGAAGAGCAUUGAGUUCUUCCACGCAACCCAGGUCAUUCUCAUCUACGAAUUGCCCACAGCCAGUCUCGUUGACGACUUGUUUGGCAAGCUCAAGGGCGCCACCAAAGGCUACGCCACGCUCGAUUACGAGGAUGCCGGCUGGCGCCAGAGCCAUCUCGUCAAGAUGAACCUGCUCGUCAACAAGGCCCCUGUCGAUGCCGUUGCCCGCGUGGUGCACAACAGCGUGGUUGACCGCCUCGGUAGACAGUGGGUCGAGAAGUUCAAGGAGCAUGUCGAUCGGCAAAUGUUUGGUACGUUUCUUUUCUUUCCUCAUUCUUUCCCCCUGAACACGAUGUGUUCCUCCAUCUCGUGCGCCAAGAUACUCACUGCUUCCGCAGAGGUCAUCAUCCAAGCCACUGCCGGCCGCCGCAUCGUCGCCCGCGAGACCAUCAAGCCCUUCCGCAAGGACGUGCUCGCCAAGCUGCAUGCCAGCGACAUUGGCCGCCGCAGGAAGCUGCUCGACAAGCAAAAGGCGGGCCGCAAGCGCCUGCGGGCUGUCGGGAACGUGGUCAUCGACCAGGAAUCGUUCCAGAAGUUUCUGACCAAAUCCUAAGGUCACGUCUCUGUAGCUACUAGAUAGGCUGUGUAGAUAUUUGGGAACAUGUAUCAUAAGUGCUUGAUAGGUUUUUGCAUGUGAGAUAAAUACCAUGGUUGGGAUUGCUUGGGCGUUUUACGGUGAUUGGAGUCGGUGGCGACUUGUUUCGAAUUGUCAUUACCUAUAUGGUUGGAUAUUUUGUAAACAACGACAUUGCAGCUCAUUCGUUCAAAGCCCGUACAAACAUUUACGCAGGUGACCAGGCUCACUUGUAUUAAAUCUUGUCAAC